UAUACAGUAGAGAACUUUGAGAAAUUAUGUUUAUCAUCUUUUGUGUAGCAAUCAAUAAAUUAAAUGCGGUCACUGGAGAGUGGCGUCGACAGCUGAACUAGAGACGGGUUAUUAUAUGUGUAUAGAGAUGUUUAUGCCUGAACGCUAUGUGCCCGGCUCGCCCAUUUUUCGCGACAGCAGCCCAACCCCCGAUGCCACGCCCACAACGCCUAUAACAGCUGCACCCUCAGCAGCAGCAGCAGGAGCAGCAGCAGCACCGACGACGACUAGAAAUAAAACGGGCGCCUCACCAACCUCCAGGAGUCGUGGUCAAGCCAUGACAAUAUCCCUCUCACAUGGAACACCGGGCAACGAUACGGCCACAAAGACCACCGCCAGCAGCAGCAGCAACAGCAGCAGCCACAACAACAACCAAGCCAAGCCGCUGCCCAGCUGCUAUAUGAGCACACGAUCCGCGGCAAUGAUGGCUCUGGCGCUGGGCCAACAGUCCGGCGAGAAGGCCACAGCAACAGCCCCGUCCAGUUCCAGUGCCAGCUCCACUCCCAAUGCCAAUGCCUCGCCACGCACCAACAACCGAACCACAGCGCGUCCUGCUAGCCGAACCACGCCCACAACUGCACCAACUGCACCCACAGCGAACACUGCUCAAACGACCUUUGCCACGUCAACGUCCUCGAACACGUCGAAGCCGUCGACACCCACAGCGGUGCGCGCCGCUGCCCAGCUGAACGGCAUGGCCGCUCUCUCGGGCGGCAGCAAUUCGAGCGGCUCGGACAACGAUGGCUUCAGCACAUCGGGCUCCUCAACGGCCACGGCUCUGCGUCGACUGUACUUCAAGAGCGGGCGCAGCAUCAAGAACAAGAUCAACUCAUCCACCUCCUCCACACCGCUGAACAGCAUGCCCAUGAACACCGUCUCCAGUGCCUACCACAAUUCGGUGAGCGGCGCAACGGGUAUGCAUGCCAUGGGCGUCUCUGGAGUGCCGAAGCUGGUUGUCAUGGGCACUUCGUCGGCAUCCAUACCGGACACGACCAUCAACACGUCCACAGACUCCGCCUGCACGCUCAUCACGAAUGUGACGCACACCGACACCUCGGAGACUUGCGAUUCCCUGGACCUGGGCGACAAUUCCGGUCCCAGCGAGCCGUUGUUCAGCUCACUGGAAGAGCCCCUGCUGACAGCCAUCCAAAUCGAUUCGGAGCAUGAGGCAGGCGGCACUGAAUUGGAACUAACGAGCUGCUCUCGCUAUCCCCCGCGACCCGACAUGAAUCUCCAGGACAGCACCGAGAGCCAGGAGUCCUGCUUGUCCAUAUUGACAGGGGAGCCGUCAUCGACAACACCCCUGCUGCUGUCGUCCCGUCAGCCCAGCACGGCGCCACCGCCCACGCGUGGCCGAGAGCACUUCACCUUCGAUCCGCCGCAGUCGCCAAAGUCAGCACGCACCAGCGAAAAGGCGCGCAGCCACUUCACCUUCAAGGAGGACGCCCAGCAGGCGCGCAGAGCUAGCAACUCCUACUACACGGGUGGUGCAGAGGUGGCUGAUGCGCACGAGGAGCGCGCUGCGGCUAAUCGCAACAAGAAAUUGCGCGCCAGGGAGCGCGAUUCAAUGGCUGGCAAUGGCAAUGCCAAUGCGAAUGCCAAUGGCACACGUAAUCGCAUCUCGCCCAGCGUUUCGCCCUCGUCCAGCAACCGCACCAGUCCGAAGCGGGAGCGCAAACGCACCACGCCCUCCGCGUCCACGGGCGCCAUAGCCAAGAUCAACUCGGCGCCGCCCACCAUGAAGGACGGCAACUUCUUCGGCAGCAGCCAGAACCAGAAGCAGCGCCAAUCCCAGCAGCAGGCGUCGCCCCAGCAGCAGCAGCUGUCGCCCUCAUCCCAGGCAGCUGCGCAGCAGCGCAAGUACUCCUCCAGCUCGUCCAGCGGCAGCAGCGAGCGCUGUCUGCGGGAUGCGGCCGCUGCCGGCACCAUGUUCCCCUUCGAUCGGGAGGCGCUCGACUAUGAGCGCAUCCAGCGGGAGUGCUUUGCGCCCAGCUCGGCGACGGCCAGCACGAGCAGCGACUCGGACGAGGCCGAGAAUUGCUCGGUUUAUGAGCGCAAGCUGAGCGCGGACAUCUUCCAGCAGUACUCGCGGCUCACUCAGCAGGAGCAGCAGCAGCAGCAGCAACAGCAUCAGCUCAACCACGAGCGGGACAGGGAUCGGGAGCGGGAGCGGGAGCGGCCACCCUCUCGAAAGAACUCGAAGCGCAUACGACCCGAUUCCGUGAUACACACAACCAUACGAGAGAAUCAGCAAUAUGUGCCACAAUCGGACGCGUUCUAUCCCCAGGCCAAGAGCUCCUCCUCGCCCAGCGAUCACUCCUACGCCGAGCUGAACAAGUUCGAUGACAUCGCCAGCAAGUUCGAGCAGAUUCCGCCCAAGCAUGGCUCCAACUCCACACUCAAUCUGCAGGUGCUGCACAUGCACAGCCCCGGCAGCGACUCCCUGGCAUCGGCGUCCCUCAGUCCCACGGAUAGCACACGCAAGCGCUCCUUCAAGAGCAAGUCCAAGUCGAAGACGCAGACGCAAGUGCAGCCGCAGCUGCAGGCACUGGAGGACUUGCUGCCGGGAUCGGGUUCUGGUUCGGGUGCGGGUGCGGGUGCGGGCGCCAUCAAUGUGACAGCCAAUCCCUUGGAGGCGGCCGCUGUCUGCAAGCAGCCGCGUGCCACAAUCGUUGUCCAACAACCAUCGCUCAGCAUGGACAACACGGUCGAGACGCUGCUCAUCAAAAACGAGGGGGACUUUAUCAGUGUGGAGCAAGGCAAAGAGCUGAAUGCACGUAAGAGGCAUUCACAGCAGCUAGCACAUCCGCCGCACGGCGCACAGCUACACCAGCAUCAGCACCAGCACCAGCACCAGCACCACCAUCACCAGGUGCAGGGGCAUGGCUACUCCCAGCAGCAGCAGCAGCAGCAGCAGCAGCAACAACAGCAACACAAACGAGAUGAGAACAUGCGCCAGCUGCUGGAUGUAACCAAUACGCUAACCAUUGAGGAGCUGCGCGACUUUGAAAUGCGCUAUGGCUCACCACAUCACAGCCGCUCGCAGUCGGUGAAGAUGCCGGGCAGUCGCGCCUCGGGCCGGCCAAAUCAGCUAUGCCUGCCCCAGCAGAGAUCUCGGGUCGCCUCCAUGCCCAACACUGGCGUCGAGGAGGAGUACUACAGACUGCGUCACUUCUCCAUCACGGGCAAGGGCGUGGUGAAUCGUGGCGACUCGCUGAAGAGCCGACGCAGUCGCUCCAACAACAGCGUGGCCAGCUCCAACUCCAGCACAGAGCACUUGACCGCCCAGCAGCAGCAGCAUCAGCAGCAACUGUUGCAGCUGCAGCAGGGUCAACAGCAACUGCCGGCGCCCACUUCCACAUCGGCACGCACCUCGCUGGCCUCCAGUCGGGAGAGCAGCACCUCCAAUCCGGGCAACGGACCCUACAGAGUUCUGAUGCUUGGCGGUCCGGCCGUGGGCAAAAGUUCGCUAGUCUCGCAGUUCAUGACCUCGGAGUAUUUGCAUGCAUAUGACACAAGCAUUGAUGACGAAUCUGGCGAAAAAGCCGUAUCAGUAUUACUCAGCGGCGAGGAGUCCGAGCUAAUAUUUAUAGAUCAUGGAUACACUGAAAUGACCCCGGAUGAAUGCUUGACCAACUAUGAUCCACAUGGCUAUUGCGUCAUCUACUCCGCCGCGGACCGCAGCAGCUUCAACAUUGCCGAGCAGGUGCUUCAGGUGUUAUGGACCAAUCAAAACAUCGCACAGAAAGCCGUUAUUCUUGUCUCGAACAAAGCGGACCUCGCCAGGAGUCGACUCGUUACAUCCGAAGAGGGCAAGGCCAUGGCCACCGCCUACGAUUGCAAAUUCAUUGAGACAUCGGUGGGCAUUAAUCACAACGUGGAUGAGCUGCUGGUGGGUCUCCUCUCCCAGAUACGCCUCAAGCUCGAGAAUCCCGAAAAAUCCAGGGAUCUAUUUCGCAAGCGUUCCAUUCGCAAGUCCAAGCGUCGUGCGUGCUCACCGCUCAGCUCGGGCUGCCUCAAUGCCAAUACGCCGCUGGGCCCGCUUGGCGGUCCACUGGGCGAUGGCUCUGGCACGCCGCCCGGCAGUGCACACAGCAGCCCACGUAAAUAUCGCGGUUCGCGUACAUCUACUAGCCUCAAGGUCAAGGGACUGCUCGGACGCGUCUGGACGCGAGAUUCCAAGUCGAAGAGCUGCGAAAAUCUGCACGUGCUCUAAACGUCUCCUCCUCCUCCA